UUCAAAGACAAAUGGAAAUCAUUUCAGUGGUUCAGUGUGAUCUUUGCUGGAAUGAGAAGGAGGAAGAAACAGUGAGUUCCACAUCCCGCAUCCAAACCAGAGAGAACCAUGAGGACCAUUUUUUUUGCUGUUCUUAUUCUUCUCUUGUCGCUUUGGCUCGCGGCCUCCACGCUAAUGUGUCCCGAACGCCAACACCCCAGCCUUAUCUGCGUCAACGACUAUGACAAAAACAUGACUUGCAUCUGGAACAACUCAGAUGCACGCACGGCCGAUGGCCAGGCGCCGUGCAGCUUACACACGGAAAGCAUUUAUCCGAAGCGAAUUCAAUACUGGUCUCAGUGUCUUCUCCGGCCAGUGGAUGUGUCGACACCUUCUUCCCUACAGACAUGCUCCCUCAUCUUUGACAGAGAAAGCAGAUUUCAGGAACACCACAAGCUGAGAGUCUGGAUCAACUGCUCCGACGUGGCGAUGUCCUACAAACCGGCCUGUCACGUGAAACUACCUCAGCCAGGAAAGCCUCAAAUCAACCAGACCACCAUAUCCUGGGUGGGCGCCAAGCAAGGGCGGGAGUCGACGAACUUCCAGCUGGAGUGGAAGCUGGCCGAUGAGCCCUGGAAUGGGGCGUCAGUGCACAGAGAGGAGAAACAUUGCAAUCAGUUGUGCCGAUCCGAGUUGAGUGUCGACCAGUUGCUGCGAGGCACCGUGUACGAGAUACGUAUUCGUGUAAGACGUUCGACUGCAUUGUCGGUGUGGAGCGACUGGAGCGCCUCAACACGGUGGAUGUCUGAUGUUGGGAUGGCCACAGUGCCACCUGCUGACUCCUUGUGGCUGGUUUUGGGGGUGACAGUCUCAGGAACAGCCUUUGCUGUCUUCUUAGCUCUUCUCGUCUAUAGGACAGACAAGAACAACUGGCUAUACGCCUUUGAGAAGAUUCGAGGUCCACUGCUACCAGACCCGGGAAAAUCCUUCCUGCGGAACAAGUGGGCAAGUCCUCCUUUCAGCAGCGAGUCCUUCCAGUCCUUCCUCUGUCCGGUGGACAUCCUCUCGGUGAACUCCGUUGGCCGUGUGGACCCUGAAGAACCUUGGUACCCUGGAGGACCUGGGUAUCUUGGAGCGCUGCUAGAGAAGAUGAUGAUGAUGAAGACCACAAGAGUCAGCCUCUUACACCCCAGGAGCUCCCAGCUGUGGCCUUCCGCUCCUCCUGUGGCCUCCCUCACGUCGGGAAACCUGCAGCCAUGUGCCCCCGAUUCACCCUAUGGCCACAUGGGAGCUCUCAUGGACCAGGAUAGGGAAAUGAAGGAUACUCCGAACUGCUUCCUGGAGGUUCUCAGCAGGGUCUCCCAGUGCAGCAGCGAGGUGACGCCAGUUAUUUCAGACAGUGAGAAGAUUGAGUUGUUCCAGAGUGAACAUGCGGGAGAAGAGUCAGAAGGUAAACAUGGAGGUGAAGGAAAAUCUCCGUUUGGAGGGAGUUUCAUCGAAGGCUCCGUUCAGUUGAGUUUGAAAUAUGAAUGCAUCCAGACGCUACACUACGACGACACCCCCGAGCUCCCCAGCGCCGAUUCGGGCAUUGGGAGCGUGGGCGAGGAGCAGGGAGGCCUUGAGGUGAGCUUGGAUGACGGGGAGGAGAAGGGCUUAUGCUUCCAGUGUCGUCCUGAUCCUCCUGGUCGUGGUUCUCCUUUGAGCUGCCACCGUCCAACUCUGGAGAGUCUGCAAGCUCUCAUGCUGGACACCACAGACUUCACACGUGGAUCGGUAGAGCCUUCCAGUGGUGGUUAUAUGUCAGUGUGUCCCCAAGAGCACAUCGCAAACUGAAUGCACACGCGCCCCCACUGAGUUGGUGAACCUCCGCUACCUCCCACAGACCCUAAACAAAACCUCAAAAAAGCAGUUAAUUUAAGUUAAAGUUCAUUUUUUAAAAAUAAUUUUGUUUCUCUUUUUAAGUGGCGCACUCACUUCAACAAAUGAUAUAGCGCUGCACCCUUUACCCCACAGACACCCUAAACAAGCCCAGAAGAAAUAUUUUUUUGUUUAUUUUUUCAAAUAGUUUAUAGCAGUCAUAUCCAAUCUUCUUAAGCCACACACUCUGUUGAACAUCCCCACUCAUUUGGCACACCUCCUCUCCUCCCGCAGCCUAAAAAUGCUUCUUUUUUGGGGAGUUCAAAAAAUUAUUUUCAUACAGUUGAUGGCUAACUUUUUCAAACUUUUUAUGCUCUUUUUAACUCCCUUCAACCUCCCCACUGAGUUGAUGCACCCUCUCUACCCCACACACACCCUAGAUAAAAAGUCCCAAAAAGCAAUAUAUUUGAGUUACACAUUAUUUUAUAGACUGGUUAUAGUCUUUCCUGAACUUUUUAAGCCUCAUACCCCCCUUCAGUAUCCUGACUCAGCUGGCGCACUCCUCUACUCUGAUCACACCUUCAAUAAAUCCAACAAAAACUUUUUUUUUGUUGAAAAUUAAUAUAGAUUGUUUACAUUUCAUGUUUUGAAGCUGAGCAUAUAGAUUGUUUACAUUUCAUGUUUUGAAGCUGAGCACUCUCUUCAGCAUUCUGCCCCACGCACACCCUAAUAAUAGUCCCAAAAAACAAUUACUUGGAGUUAAACAUGAAUUUCAAUAGUUUAUAGCAGCCUUUCCUGAACUACUCAAGUCCCUUUAGUAUCCCGACUCAGAUGGCGCACACCAUCCACCCCGCAAACAUCCUAAAUAAGUUUUUAAAAAUAUAAUUGAUUUUUUGAAAAAAAUAACGUAGUUUAGUUUAUCUUUUGAAGCCGAACACUCCCGUCAGCAUCGCCAGGCAUUCUCGUCCAACAUCAGGUAAGACCUCACAAAUGCGCUUCUUGAGGAAUGGGCAAAAAUUCCCUUAAAUUUACUUCAAAACCUUGUUGAAAGCCUUCCCACAAGAGUUGGAGCUGUUCUGGCUGCAAAGGGUAGACCAGCAUCAUAUCAAACUUUAUGGCUUUAGAAUGGGAUAUCACUUAAAAUCAUAUGCGAGUCAAGGCAGGUGAGCGAAUACUUUUGGUAAUAUAAAUUAGUUAAAACUUUUUUUUCUUUUAAGUUAAAAAUUUAAUUUCUGUAGUUUAUAGUUUAACGUGUUAACCCACACACCCACUUCAGCAUCCCGACUGAGCUGGAGUACACUCUCUCCCAUCGCACGCACCCUAAAAAAAGGUUCUCAGGGGUUUUUAGUCCAAAAGGUUGUUUUUUUUGUAAGUUAAAAUGUACUUUUUAAAUAUAGUUUAAAGCAAACUUUUGAAGUCUCCCCCUCCAGCAUCACAACUGAGCGAGCGUACCCUUUGUCAUCUGCAAGCACCAUAACAAAAAAAUUUCAAACUGAAUUUUAAUUUGUGUAAUAAUGUGUACAGUGAAGUCUUUCUCAAACUGUUUAAACCACGCACCUCCCUAAAAAAAAGUCGUUAAAUCACAAAGGGACAUUUUGAGGGGAAAUGCAUCUAUUCCACCUUGAAUAUGUGCUAAGGAGAGCCUGACUGAAGUGAACUGACAAUGAAGGAUUAAAGUGUAAAACAAC